AAGAUUGGUGGGGCUGCUUUUUUUCCUUCUGGGUUUGUUCUUUCUCUUCCUCCUCCGUUAUUCUUUUUUCAUUUUCAAAAAAAAUGAAAAUUAUCUGUAUUCAUCCUCGUGUCUAUAGUCUUUGACAGCAUGUAGCAAAGGCAAAAAUCAAAACCCCAGUCAACUUAACACUUGUGGGAUUUUUUUUCCGAGUUUUAUUAAGUUUUCUGGUGCAUCUUUCUCAAAAUCUCUGAAUUUUCUUUGUGUUAUAGUUUGUUAAUUUCCAACAUGGACUCAAAUCAACACCCCACUAUCGAAGAAAUCGAUCAAGAACAAAGCAUAACCGCGAAUUUCUCCUCUUCUGAGACUUCUAUGGUGGAACCUCCUGACCCCGAAGGCCAAGCCGAACCUGAACCCACGAUUCUGCUCAAGGAAGAAGAGUUGACGGACACAGAUGGUCAUGAAUUAGAUAACAACAACAACAACUCUCUCCCAAUUAGCCUCUUGCAGGUACCUCACUCCAAUAAUCGGGCACUAGUUCCGGCUAAGAGACCCUCCAAGGACCGCCAUACCAAGGUGGAGGGCCGUGGCCGUAGGAUCCGUAUGCCUGCCACAUGUGCUGCUAGGAUUUUCCAACUGACACGAGAGUUGGGGCACAAGUCAGAUGGCGAAACCAUCCGGUGGCUUCUGGAGCACGCGGAGCCCGCUAUUAUUGAAGCUACUGGUACGGGAACCGUCCCUGCUAUUGCAGUAUCUGUUAAUGGAACCCUCAAAAUACCAACUACUUCCCCAGCAAGACCCGACGGCGAUGACUUGCUGCCUAGGAAGAGGCGGAAAAGACCUUCAAACAGCGAUUUUGUUGACGUGAAUGAGCACCAGACUUCUGUAUCUUCAGGUUUGGCACCUAUUGCGUCAAUGACCACAGCAACAGCAGCAGUAGCAGCAUUGCCAAAUUUUGGGGGCGCUAGCGCGCAGGGUUUGGUGCCCUUGUGGCCUAUGGGAACUUUCAUGUUGCCACAAUCUGCGGGCGGUGGGUCCAAUCAGCCGCAAUUGUGGGCAAUACCUGCAGCCGCGACGCCGUUUUUUAACGUGGCGGGAAGACCCAUAUCCACUUUUGUUUCGGCAAUGCAACCUGGGGUUCAAUUGGGUGAUGGGAUUUCAAAAUCAGUGGGAUCGGGAGGGGCUUCUUCUCCCAUGGGGUCAAUGAGUUCGAAUUCAGGGACGAGCACAACCAACAGUGCGGGUGGUAAUAAUACUUCUAAUGGUGCUGCUAAUAACACAGGUGCCCAGAUGCUUAGAGAUUUCUCUUUGGAGAUUUAUGAUAAAAAAGAGCUUCAAUUCUUGGGUCACCCUUCAAAGCCUUAGAACAAGCAAAUGGGAGGUUCCUUCUUCUCUUCUUAAUGACACAGUAUUGAAUGUAGGGUUCAAGCUUCUUUUUUUGUUCUUUUUUUUAUUUUUGUUUGGAUUAGGUUAGCUUUUGUAACGCCUAUGGAUUACAAGAACAAGAAGAGCCCGAGAGCUUACAUUAAAUUUUUGUUA